AUGGUCGGGUCAAAACAGCGUGAAGCACGGACCGCGCUCGGAAGCGGUGCGGUGGGGACAGCGGUUGCAAUCGAGGUGGUACCAUGGCGAACUGCAGAGGUGGGAGGCGGCAGUGAGGGUCCUUACGCGAUCCCAACCGCUACGCUCCAACGCUCCGCUUCGAGCGCAGCAGCUUGCGCAAAUGUCCGUGCUUCAUGUCGUAUUGACCCUACUAUAUCACCUGUGCUCCCGUGGUUUGACGAUCUUCUCGAUCGUGCACUACUCGUCCCGAUCGCGCGCAAGUGUUGCCCAGUGGCACCUCUUCUCGCGAGGGACUCAAAGAGCAUCGUAUUUUUCUUUAAAGGACUUCGCAAAGAGGUCCGACCAUCAGGUCGGCGGUAUUCCUGCGGUGUGUUUGAUGUCGCAUAG